AGAUGGCGGCAAAGCGCCGGUUAUCAAAACGGAACCUUCAAAUCGUUGUCGUCUAUUUCUAAGGGACGCAUUACGGGGACGUACUGAUUUGUGGUUAACGCCAACAUCUAGAGUGUCACUGCGAGCGGUGACAGCCAGCAGUGAAGCAUGAAUGUGAACCAGGGGACGGUGGGCAGCGACCCGGUCAUCCUGGCCACGGCGGGAUACGACCACACUGUCCGCUUCUGGCAGGCCCACAGCGGGAUCUGCACCAGGACGGUGCAGCACCAGGACUCUCAAGUAAAUUCACUUGAGGUCACACCUGACAGGAGUAUGAUCGCAGCAGCAGGUUAUCAGCACAUCCGCAUGUACGACCUGAACUCCAACAACCCCAAUCCGGUGAUCAACUACGACGGCGUAAGCAAGAACAUCACGUCUGUGGGCUUCCAUGAGGAUGGACGCUGGAUGUACACGGGAGGAGAGGACUGCAUGGCUCGUAUAUGGGACCUGAGGUCAAGAAAUCUGCAGUGUCAGAGGAUAUUCCAGGUCAACGCUCCGAUUAACUGUGUAUGCCUGCAUCCCAACCAGGCGGAGCUGAUCGUUGGAGACCAGAGUGGAGUGAUUCAUAUCUGGGAUCUGAAGACCGACCACAAUGAACAGCUCAUUCCUGAGCCAGAGGUCUCGGUCAACUCAGUUCACAUCGACCCAGAUGCCAGUUACAUGGCAGCGGUCAACAGCUCGGGAAACUGUUAUGUGUGGAACCUUGCUGGAGGCAUCGGGGAUGAGGUGACUCAGCUCAUUCCCAAGACUAAGAUCCCUGCACACAAACGCUACUCCCUCCGCUGCAAGUUUAGCCCUGAUUCCACUCUGUUGGCCACCUGCUCAGCAGACCAGACCUGUAAGAUCUGGAGGACGUCCAAUUUCUCGCUGAUGACGGAGCUGAGCAUCAAGAGCAACAAUCCUGGAGAGACAUCAAGAGGCUGGAUGUGGGACUGUGCUUUCUCUGGAGACUCCCAGUAUAUUGUCACCGCCUCCUCAGACAACCUGGCUCGUCUGUGGUGCGUGGAGACCGGGGAGAUCAAGAGGGAAUACAGCGGCCACCAGAAGGCCGUGGUGUGUCUGGCCUUCAAUGACAGCGUGCUGGGCUGAGGAGGAUUGAAGAUAUGAAGGAGACAAGGAGAUGACAAACGGACAUGGACAGAAAACCAAUGGACUCUUUGGAAGAUGUGCAGUUGGCAUUAAUGGGAGUUAUUUUAAAAAAUUCCCAGAAAUGAUCAUCUUGGAAAAAGGGGAGGCUUGUGUUUGAACAUUACGAUGAAUCUCGUCUGUUUGUCCCGUGAUGUCCACAAUGCUCUGUGCCAGCCGGAGGAAUUCAGCAUCGGAGCAAGGCCAGCUUAAAGGAACAGCACACCAUUUUGCCCCAAGUUUAAACACUUGUACGGGAAAACACCUGUACCAACAGUAUAGAAACUGGUAUAAGUCUGAUUAAAGUACAUGAUAAUAUUCAUCAGGUACCUUUUUGUUUUUAACGUCAUGACUCUGUGGACGACAGGAGAUCCCUUCAACUUCAAAUUUAUUGUAAUCGUAAGGACCACAUUAUGUAUUGUGUGUGUGACGUGUAUAUUUUAUUAGAUUCUCUUAAUUCAGAGAUAAGUUGUACUAUUCUUUAUGAUCACAUGGUAAAUUAAAGAGAAAAUGAUGUACAGAAAGUGAUUCCACAGUAAA